AUGGCUGCUUCUCUGAGACAGAGGUUUCUGCGUGUGCUGUGUUGCGGGGCGCCUCCCCGGGUGUCCUCCGGGGGCGACCCGGGUCACGGGGGUGGCACAGGGGCCCAGGAAGCGCUCCUGAUGGAGGGGUUUCUGUUUAAGAGGACCAGGAGUGUGUUUAAAACCUGGAACAGGCGGUGGUUCAUCAUACAAAACGAUCAGCUUCUAUACAAGAAGAGGUUUAAGCGUGACUUCACGGUGCUGGCGGAAGACCUGCAGCUCUGUUCGGUCCAGAGCUGCAAGGACGCCGGGCGACGCUUCUGCUUCCGGGUGGUCACGCCCACAAGGAGCUGUACGUUCCAGGCCGACUGUGAGGCAGGUAGACGGGCGUGGAUCAGCGCCAUUCAGAACCUGACUGAGAGAGAAGAAGGAACAGUCGAGAGCGAGAAGGGGUACGAGGACGAUUCGAAAUCAGGCUCCAGUGAGACGUUAUUGGACAGGGAGAUUCAGUUGGAGGACUCACAGGAACCGCGGGCGUCUUCUGAAGCUCCAGGUGGGAUCAGUUCUAGAGAAAUCGUCUGUGAUGCUCCCAAUAACAAGGAUGCUGAAGAAGAACCCACUGAAGGAGACCCCGGUAAAGGAGAAACUGAUAAAGGAGAAACCACUAAAGGAGAACCCACUGAAGGAGACCCCGCUAAAGAAGAAACUGCUAAAGGAGAACCCACUGAAGGAGACCCCGCUAAAGAAGAAACUGCUAAAGGAGAACCCACUGAAGGAGAACCCGCUAAAGAAGAAACUGCUAAAGGAGAACCCACGGAAGGAGACCCCGCUAAAGAAGAAACUGCUAAAGGACAACCCGCUGAAGGAGAACCCACUGAAAGAGAACCCGGUGAAGGAGAAACCGCUAAAGGAGAAACCGCCGAUGGAGGACGUGAAGAGGAGAAGACGACCGACACGAACCCGGACAGCUUUGAGAGCCGAUACACCGUCGGAGAGCUGCUGGGAAAGGGAGGCUGCGGUUCGGUCUACGAAGGCGUCCGUAAGGUGGACGGGAACCAGGUUGCCAUCAAAUACGUGGUGAAGGAUGAGCACCUCAGAUUUACCAGGAUUCCCGGCGAGACAGAGUUGCUCCCCGUCGAGGUGGCCCUGAUGCGCAUGGUGUCCAGGCCACCCAUCAGCCCGUACGUGCUGAAGCUCCUGGAGUGGUUCGACACGCCCGAGCGCUGCGUCCUGAUUCUGGAGUGCCCCGUCCCCUGCGUAGACCUCUACCAGCUGAUGCUCGAGAAGGGCAGGCUGAGGAUGCCAUUCGCCCGGCACGUCAUGCGGCGGGUUGUCCUGGCGGUGCUCCACUGCCGCGACCGCGGGGUCCUGCACAGGGACAUUAAGCUCCAGAACAUCCUUCUGAACACAGAGACGCUGGAGGUGAAGCUGAUAGACUUCGGAUGCGGUGACCUGUUGAAGGAUACUCCGUACUACACGUAUUCAGGCACGUGGGUAUACUCGCCACCCGAGUGGAUAACCAAGAAGAAGUACUAUGGCUGCCCUGCGACAGUCUGGAGUCUGGGCAUACUGCUGUUUUUCUUGGUUUGUGGACACCUGCCAUUUCGGUCUAAGAAGGAGAUCACCAAAGGGCAUCUAGUGUUCAAACCUGGUGUGUCUCAUGCCUGCUGCCAUCUGAUCGAACAAUGCCUCAAGAAGAAGCCCAGCAAGCGCCUCACCCUCGGGCAGAUCCUCCUGCACGGGUGGUUCCAUGAGUAGCCUGAAGACUAGGUCCAGACGGUGUAGAUCUUUACACUCGUACUGGCGGCUGCAAAAAAGAGGGAUCUGCGAGUCUUCCAGCGAAGGUACGACUGGCUGAUACAGAUGCUGGAGAAUCGGACUAAUCGGAUGUGGGCCGAAGUGGAGCUGACACAGAUCGGGAUCCAACAUGUCAACUUUAUGGACAUCGUCUUUGAGCUGGUGCUGCUUCUGGGAAGAGCGAGGAUGCAUCAGAUUAUUUCAUUGACGCAGUACCAGAGACGAAGGCUCUUUCUGGACCGGCUGAUUGCUCUCAUCUAUUCGUGUGUUACGCCCAGAAGGACUGAACGGCAGUACACGGAGCGUUAUUUAUUCCAUCUUCAGACUGAGAUGCUGAGCUUCCUGGAUGAAAUCUUCACUCUGGACGAGUCUUUGUACGCAAAACCUGAAGCCCUGGCUGCUGCACUGGAGACGCUUUUAUGGCGGAGCCUCCGACGGUUUCAUGAAAGGCUGGAAACAGAGGAUAUCUAAAGGCCAACCCUGAUUAGAACCUUUAUUUAACUGUCAGGGAUGCAGGUCUGGUGGUUGACGUGUUUUUCAUGUGUGUUCACAGUUUGUAUACCUGUGGAGGUGCGUCAGGACCCAAGACAUGGGAGACGUGUGAAGAUACCACCGAUGUGGAAGCGUGUAUUGGAUUUCUGAUAGACGCGCUGCCAUUAGGACAACGUCUUUACAUCAGGACAACGCCCGUAUGACUUUGUGGACCAGAUCCAGAUGUGUAAAAAGCUGAUGUUCUGUAAAAAUUUUAUAAAAAAAGAAGGAA